AUGUUUUCUUGGAAAUCAACCGCCGUCAUCUGGCCCGGCAAUGCCGCCCUCGCGUCCCAGGGCUCGCUCUCGCUAGUUCGGGCAGCAUCAACUUCAACGAGUCGCUUGUGUGGCUCUUUGAAUGUGCAUCCGGUCUUGUCUCACCGUCGUCCGAUCGUCCCGACUGCCCCAGAAGCUUUCCAGACCCGCCGUUUCGCUUCGGUCCAUCACGGCGUAGGAGACGCUGAGCUGCCGAAAGAUCACCCCGCAUCACAUUGGCCUGCGUCCAAAAGCCCUACACCCUACGAGAUAUUUGGACAAAGGAAAGAUGAUCCUUAUAAUAAGAGGCGCUUCCAUGAGCUGGUGAAGCUUUACCAUCCGGACCGGCAUCCCCACACGAGUCUUCACGAGAUUCCUCACACAACCAGACUUGAGCGCUAUCGCCUCGUCGUUGCCGCCAACGAUAUCCUGAGCAAUCCGCAGAAGCGUCGCAUGUAUGAUCUCUACGAUCUUGGUUGGAGCAACCAUCCAGAUUUGCCCAACGAAGACGUCCGCGCGACUAUCAAUGCCUGGCACCGCCGCCCCGGUAGUGCGAGCAUGAAUGCUACAUGGGAGGACUGGGAACGAUGGCGUAAGGAGCAAGAGUCGGGAGGCACUGGUGGGCAACAAAAACCAAUAUUCGUAUCCAACGGCGCAUUCGUCGCCAUUGUUUCCUUCUUCGUCAUUAUGGGCAGCUGGCAGCACGCCACGCAUGGUGUUCAGAGCGGUGUCGCUCUUCUGGACGAGCACGAGCAGAAGCACGCCACUAUCAACAAGGAAUUGCGACAACGGUAUGGUGAACAGGCCGGUCUGGGCAGAGAGGCUCGAGUGGACAACUUUCUGAAGCAGCGAAACAGCUGGGACAGUUAUCCCACGCACCCACACCACCUGUCCGGUUACUACCGCAAUUUGCCGUCACAGGACCAUCCGCGUCAGCUACCACCACCGUCACCCAAACACGACGGGCAUUAG